GUAACUAGGUGAAAAUAAACGCAAAUUAUGUAUAAAUAUAUAUAAAAUGGCGAAAAUAAUUUAUAAGAUACCAUAAAUGUGUUGUAAAUAUGCAAUUGAGUGAUGAAUGUGGAAUUUUACAUAUUAAUAUUCGGCUACUUAUUCUCAUACGGUAAUGCUGCAUGUACAUUCUCGUCUUCACUGGAAGGAACUUGGAUGAGCAGUAACUAUGGAAACAUCAUUAUCAAUUCAACUUUCUUGACAUUAGACACACUGUCCGCUUCAGUGGGAGGCUCGACAUCCAACGUUGCCUUCACUUGUGACAGAAACCCGUCAAGUUUGAAGUUUGUUGUCAAGUCAGUGAGCACUUUCACAGUCUUUGGUGGUAAUCCAGGGAAUGCCUACAUUUGUUAUCAGUUUACUUACGUGAAUUCUAACAACUACUACUUCUAUAUGCAAUCAGAUGACAAUCAUGUUUUCGGAAAUGAACGUAUUAGUUUUUGGGAGACCACUUCAUCUCCAACAGACAGUCAGUUAUGCAGUGGGUCUUCACUUCCAUCUUCAGCAGAAUUUAACAGCAUGGUUAAAAGUGGGGAAGCAUCCUCAGCAACGACAAACUGCAUGACACAUAUACUGGGGGAUUUCACAUACUACUACGGGACAUCAGGUAGUAUGACAGACUGUCAGAAUGAUAAUCUAACCGUAUGUGGCGGUGAUAAUAGACAGUCUAUUCAGUUCAACAAGGCGACAUGUGCAGGUUCUGGAAUGUACACCAGCGAUGGAAAGCUUGGAUGUUUGUCUGUAAUUUACGAUUCAAGUACUGGAGGUGGGACAUACUAUUCAGGCCUAUACAAUAUGGACAGUACAACACCAAAUGAUCUAACAACAUUUCAGUUCCUUUGUAUAGCUGCGACUUCAAACGGAACUCAUAUUUUUGUAAGCACCAGUAAGAAGCGAUGCACUGCAAAUCAACUGUCAACAACUACUACUUCCGGACAACUUUAUAUUCUGAAAGCUAGUGGUAAAUAUGAUUAUUACGUAUGA